AAGGGAAGCAGAAGACCGGGUACUUGCAACAGACCAAACAAAAGGACCCAAGAAAAAGGCCAGCACUCAGGAAGGAGAGAGGGAGGGAGGGAGAUCUGCGGGGCGACGCGUUGCGGUUUUCCGGCGGCAAGGUUCGAUUUUGAUCCCAGCCCACCCCGGAUUCCCCGCCCCGGUUCGUCCCUGCCCAACUCGCGCCGCUUCCACUCAAGUGCUCCAAGAAGAUCCCGAUUUCCGUUGCAGUUGUGGAGUCCCAGUUCCAGUGGUCGUUGCCGCCGGUUCCUGGCCACGCGCUCCCUGAUUCGGAAGUUGCUGGAGCGGAGGGGGACUUCCUCCGGCUCCCGAGUGUCUGCCUUCUGAUUUGGAUCUGCGGAGGAGCCCGGAUUGGCGCUCCAACUUGGGGAGCAAUGAGGGCCUGAUGCGGGAGAAAGUUUCUUCAAGUCGUCGUCUUGAUUCUCUUGGAGUAGGGUUUCCUGCCGGGAUCCUUAUCCCAUGGGAUGCGUCAGUUCGAAGCAAUUCCAUGGCGGCGACGAGUGUGGCGGCGAGGGGAAGCCUCGCCGCCGCCCAUCCAGCAACUCGCUGAGGCGUCUGGUUAGUUACAACUCCAGCAAGAGGCACGAGGACUUGGAGGAGGAUGAAGAAGAAGGGGGAGUUGUGGCAGCCACGUCCUCCAGCGUGGGGCACCGUGUUGCCAAAGAUGCCAGCACGGCCAGGCUGAUUCGGAAGCCCCCUGCGCCGGUGGUCGAUGCAGUGGUGCCGCUGCCAGAGGAAGUGGCCGCAACCGCCGCUAGCGUCGUCGAUGUGGAGAGGGCGGUUGCUGCCCCUGUGAAUCGCAGGCGUGCUCCAAAUGGCGUCGCAGAGCAAGAACCAAGGAGUGGUGGCAUCAGGGGUGAGGUGAAGCCAAGGAUCAUAGAUGUGCCGAAUGGAGUGGUGGGGGAGCAUGUGGCGGCUGGCUGGCCGAGGUGGCUUACGGAGGUGGCAACAGAGGCGGUCCGUGGGUGGCAGCCUCGCAAGGCAGAGUCCUUCGAGAAGUUGGACAAGAUAGGGCAAGGUACCUACAGCAGCGUUUACAAAGCACGCGAUCUUGAGAAUGGAAAAAUUGUGGCACUUAAGAAAGUUCGAUUUGCCAAUAUGGAUCCUGAGAGUGUUCGAUUUAUGGCGAGGGAAAUUCACAUCUUAAGAAGACUUGAUAAUCCAAAUGUUAUUAAGCUCGAAGGUUUGGUGACAUCACGCAUGUCUAGUAGCUUGUAUCUCGUGUUCGAAUACAUGGAGCAUGAUCUUGCAGGACUUGCUGCUACACCUGGCAUAAAAUUCACAGAGGCUCAGGUCAAGUGUUACAUGCACCAACUACUGUCUGGACUUGGUCACUGUCAUAGUCGUGGUGUUUUGCAUCGGGAUAUAAAGGGUGCUAAUCUUCUGCUUGACAAUAAUGGUGCCCUCAAAAUAGCAGAUUUUGGUCUAGCUACAUUCUUUAAUCCGAACCAAAAGCAGAAUUUGACAAGUCGUGUUGUAACUUUAUGGUACCGGCCCCCGGAACUUUUGUUGGGUGCUACUAACUAUGGUGCCACGGUUGAUCUCUGGAGUGCUGGUUGCAUCCUUGCGGAAUUGCUGUCAGGGAAGCCUAUCAUGCCAGGACGAACUGAGGUGGAACAGUUGCACAAAAUAUUCAAGCUUUGUGGUUCACCAUCAGAGGAGUUCUGGGCUAAUUUGAAGUUAUCGCGUGCUACCAUCUUCAAACCACAACAUCCGUAUCGUCGUUGUGUGAAUGAUGUAUAUAAGGACUUCCCUCCUUCAGCUUUGGCACUUCUGGAUCGUUUACUUGCUGUAGAACCUGAUAAUAGGGGUACUGCGGCUUCUGCCCUUGAAAGUGAAUUCUUUACAACAAAGCCUUAUGCUUGUGAUCCAUCAAGUCUGCCGAAAUAUCCUCCAAGUAAGGAAUACGAUGCUAAGCUUCGAGAUGAAGAAGCUAGGAGGCAAAGAGCAGCUGCAGCCAAAGGACAUGAAUCUGAAACUGGACGCAGGAAGCAACUUGCAGCACAAAAUGGCACUAUCGAUUUACAGCAACGGCGAGUUCCGGUUAAUCCUAAAAGCAGUAGUAAUAAGUUUACUCCAAAGGAGGAUGGUGUUACCGGCUUUCCAAUGGAUCCUCUGGUAGUAGACAAUGGUCAUGCUCGCCAUGUUCCUUUGAUGAAUGCUGGUCGUUCAUCCUCCACUUUGGGUCGAUCAAGUGGCACAGAUCCAAACGGCCAGAGAUUCUACACCUCUCAGAUUGCUGCUGCUGAGAUGUCUAACCCAUCUACUGCAACUGGGCAGCGAGGCAAUACUGGUAAGCUGUCUAACCUUGGGGACAGCGCCAGGAAACAGUAUUUAAGAGAGCAUCGGUCGAGUUCAAGAUACAGUCAACUCGCUGCUGCCGACCAGUCUGACAAACCCAAAUGGUCGCAAUCGCAUCAAUUCCAAGAAAGGCCGUCAUCUUCCCAUCGGAAGGAUGAAGUGGUGGCAGAUAAGGAGCCUACGGGGGUGAAUGGCACGAGGAAGAACCGAAUCCAGUACUCAGGACCAUUGAUGCCUCCUGGGGUAAACAUGGAAGAGAUCCUUAAAGAGCACGAGCGGCAGAUCCAGCAAGCCGUGCGAAGGGCUCGUCUGGACAAGGGAAAGGGCAAGCACGCCGAGAGAGACCAGUCGGAGUCUCUGCUCUAUGCUGCCCAUAAUGGCAGGUCAUAGCGCCGCGAAGCUCGGCUGGUGUUGUUGAUGGCUUCGGCAAUGGAAAGUAGUGUAUGAUCCCCUUAUUUUUUACGCCCCGUCGAGCGGAGAGGUUUGUUCUGCCGGCAGCUCCCACACCAUUGCGCCAGUGGACUGGUGGUUCCUGGCAGCAAGAAGAAGAAGAAGGCCUGCUCUUGCUCAUGUAGAGAUUUUCGCCAAGUUUAGCAAGAAAGAUAUUCGCUGGAAAAAUUUGUUGCCCACACAGUCACCAAUUGUAUAUCUCAGAGAUGAGUACCCACCCUCUUUUGAGGAUUGAUGAUUCUUACACCUGUGUUUUUGGUAGGUGCCAAGAGAAAUAUAAUCAAAUUAUACUUC